AUGGAGGAUCCAGACACUUGGGGAAAAACCGUCAGGGAAAAGCAGCUUGGAAACACUUUGUUUGAGAAAAACACUUUCACAGGGGCCAACACGUACUCGAGGACAAAGCUCUGUAGAGUGAGACCGGAGUCAUCUAUAGGGAGAAAGAUUCGUCUGGAGGACCUCCAGGAGUGUUCGGACACAGACACGACAAUGAUGAGACCAAAGCCGGCUAAUGGUGGUCCAUCGUCGAGUGUCACAGAGCUGCUGGAGACCAUUGGACGAACUGUGGAGGAGACGUGGAACGUUCUACACCAACGAGAUGUUGGAGACAUCGAGGCCAAUAUGAAGUCUGGGCAGACGUUCGAAGAAGCCAACAAUCCACCUACAUACGCUGGCUCAAGAGACUGGGCAUAG